UGACGAGGUUUCUGUAGAUUUCCUAUCCCUUUCCUUUCUGUUUUCGCAACCAACGAUUGUGCUGCAAGAACGGAAAAAAAAGGAGCGAGAAAGCGUCAUCAUGUGUGUGACCGGAUAUCUAAUCUAAUGAUUAACUGGAUGUAAGUUGUCGUCUUGUGGGUUUUGUCUUUUCCUCGGUAUUGAGCCACGCGACUGUCGUACACACACGCAAUGGCAGGCGGCGAUCGUUCGGACAUGGAGGUGGUGCCACGUGGCACCUCCUCCUCCUCCUCCUCGAAUGCCACCCCCCCCCAAUUUGAGACUUGGAAGGUCACUGUGGGCUCAUCUGGUGUCGCCGAUCUGGUUCUUAAUCGUCCCUCUAAGGCCAAUGCGUUAAACUCUGCCACGUGGAGGGAGCUCCCUCAAGCAAUGUCCUGGCUCGACACGUGUCCAGCUGCACACGUGGUGAUUUUAAAGGGGGCCGGCAAACAUUUCUGCUCUGGCUUGGAGGUGGAGGUACUCGCAGAGCUGAUGGCCAAGCUUCCCCGCGACUGCGAAGCCCGCAAGCGGGACGCCUUGAGACGUGCUAUCAAAGACUUCCAGCUAGCUUUCACUUCUUUUGAACGGUGUAGAAAACCGGUGAUUGCAGCCAUUCAUGGCGCGUGUAUUGGAGGAGGAAUAGAUAUGGUGACCGCAUGUGAUUUGAGGUAUUGCACAGACGACGCACAAUUUGCGGUGAAGGAAGUGGACCUGGCAAUCACUGCAGAUGUGGGAACUCUGCAGAGAUUACCGCACCUUGUUGGCCAUGGGAGAGCGAUGGAGUUAUCGCUAACAGGACGUGCGUUUGACGGGAAAGAGGCAGCUGCUCUGGGAUUGGUGAAUAGGUCGUUUGCAACGCAUGAUGCGCUGAUGACAGCAGUUGAGGAGAUGGCUGAGGACAUUGCCAGCAAAUCAUCCGUUGCAGUGGAGGGCACCAAAGCAAUUCUGUUGCAUUCUAGAGACCACUCUGUGGCAGAUGGGCUGGAUUACGUCGCGACUUGGAAUGCAGGCAUGCUUAUCUCCAAAGAUAUUGGUGAGUUGUUGAAAGCACGAUCACGGCAACGACCUCGACCUUCCUCCAAGCUGUAGAGGCCACCGUCCUGGUCUGAUGUCUUCCAACCUGUUCUCGACAGCCGGCGCA